GCGGUUAGCUCGCUCAGUCGCUCGGGCUGCGCCUCUGGGGCUGCGCCUCUGGGGCUGCCCCGGCGCCGUGCCUGGCAUUCCCCGAGUGCAGCUCACACAAACUGCUCGGGCAGUGCCGCACCGAGGAGCUGGCAUUGGACGGGAGCUGUAAAUUGUUAUUAUGCUAACGUGGAAACAGUUCUUCAUUCCUGGGAAUAGUUUUAUGAAAGCAGACUAUCUCCUGUGAUUAUGAUAACUCAAAGGUUCCAGUGCCCUGCCCUGCCAGCCGCAGCCCGGGUUGAGUCAGGAUGACUGAAGGAGAGGGCCCUGUUGUGUUGUCUAACAGCAGGAAAUGGGGAAAAAGAAAAAGGGGGAGGAAAAGCAGCAGUGUGAGAUCCGAAUGAAAAUUUGUCAUCGUGUAGUGCUCUGAAACGAACUUCCUACUGUAUUUCAGGCAUCAGAACCUCAGCUUAUCUGAUAAUGAAUGCAGCAUCUUCAACAGUCACCAUGUCUCAUCCAUUAAACCAGAAUUAAAUUAAUUAAUUAAUAAAAAUAUUUUGCUGUAUGGUGAUCUCACAUGUGGUACAACACUACCCAGGAGCAGGGCGGGAGUGGAGAAGCUGUGUGGUGAAGAAGGCUCUGCAACAGGAAUACCAAGAAAGGGAGGAGGAGAUGGUAUCUUCAUUGUGAAUCUGACAGCACAGAUUUUACUAUGAGGAAACAAUUUAGAGGACAGCAAAUAUCUGACUGUAUCUAGCCUGGAGCAUGAGGUGUAAGCAGAAAUUCUAAUUGCCGGAACAGGAAACAGAGCCUGUGGAAGGAAAAGGCUAAUUCCAAAGUCCCUUAAAACAACAAGAAAAAACUAUGGAAAUUAGUAUCACAGACAAAAACCUCACUCUCAGAUGAGCUGCCUGAUUCAUGGGGACAGAACCUUUACAGAUGCACAGCCUGUCUGCAGGGAACUGCUGCCUCAUUUGGACGAGACCCAGGGUGAAGGCAUAGAGCCAGCAGAGUCUCUGUGGACUUCUUUUGCUGAUGGCAGAGUCAGGCUGAGAAUAGAUAACUCAUGUCCACAGACUCCCAUAACAGUUCAUCAGAUGUUCAAGGAGAGCCUGGAAAAAUAUGGAUCCCUUAAUGCUUUGGCCAGCAAAAAGAAUGGAAAAUGGGAGAAAAUAACUUUUUCAGAAUAUUAUUGCCUCUCUAGGAAAGCAGCCAAGAGCUUCUUGAAGCUUGGUCUUGAACGAUUCCAUAGUGUAGCAAUCCUUGGAUUUAAUUCUCCAGAAUGGUUCAUCUCAGCUGUUGGAGCUAUUUUUGCUGGAGGAAUUGUCACAGGAAUAUAUACAACUAAUUCUCCAGAGGCCUGUCACUACAUUGCCCAUGACAGCAAGACUGAUAUCAUGGUUGUGGAAAAUCAGAAACAGCUGGACAAGAUAAUGCAGAUCUGGAAUCGGUUGCCCCACCUGAAGGCUGUGGUGCUAUAUAAGGACUCCAUUGCAGAGAGACAUCCAAAUUUGUACACGAUGGAAGAGUUUCUGGAGCUGGGAGAUGACGUCUCUGACAGUACUUUGGAUGACAUUAUUAACUCCCAAAAGCCAAAUCAGUGCUGUGUUCUGAUCUACACCUCCGGAACAACUGGGAAGCCAAAAGGAGCCAUGCUGAGUCAUGACAACAUAACUUGGACAUCAGCCCAUUGCAGCAGAGCAGGAGGUAUGCAACCUGCAGAGGUCCAGCAGGAAUCUAUAGUCAGUUAUCUCCCACUCAGCCACAUAGCUGCACAGAUCUAUGACCUGUGGACUGGAAUCAAAUGGGGAGAGCAAGUUUACUUUGCUGAGCCAGAUGCUCUGAAGGGCAGCUUGAUCAACACACUAAAAGAAGUGCAGCCAACAUCUCACAUGGGAGUUCCCCGAGUAUGGGAGAAAAUCAUGGAGAAGUUAAAGGAUGCUUCUGCUCAGUCAGGAUUUAUGAAAAAGAAAAUGCUUUCCUGGGCUAUGUCACUUAGCUUAGAGAAGAACCUGAAUGGCUCAAACAGCAGUGAUCUAAAGCAGCUCUGGACAAGAUUAGCAGACUACUUCGUGCUUGCAAAAAUCCGUAGUGCACUGGGGCUUUCUUCCUGUCAGAAGCACUUUUCUGGUGCUGCUCCUCUCAAUACAGAAACACUGUAUUUCUUCUUGGGUCUGAACAUCACCCUGUAUGAGGCCUAUGGGAUGAGUGAGACCACAGGCCCACAUUGCCUGUCUGGGCCUUACAUUUACAGGCAGCACAGCUGUGGUAAACCAGCAUCUGGAUGCAGAGUGAAACUGGCAGACAAAGAUACAGAAGGCAAUGGAGAAAUCUGUUUCUGGGGAAGGACUGUUUUCAUGGGUUAUUUAAAUAUGGAAGACAGAACAAAAGAAGUCUUUGAUGAGGAGGGGUGGCUGCAUUCCGGAGAUGUAGGAAAGCUAGACAAGGAUGGCUUUCUCUAUGUCACUGGAAGAAUUAAAGAUUUGAUUAUUACAGCUGGAGGUGAAAAUGUGCCUCCAAUUCCAAUUGAAGAUGCUGUUAAAAAAGAACUCCCAAUUGUUAGUAAUGCUAUGGUGAUUGGAGAUAAGAAGAAGUUUUUGUCAAUGUUCCUGACCCUAAAGAGUGUGCUGGACCCAGAUACAUCUGAUCCUACUGACAUUCUCACAGAGCAAGCCAGAGACUUCUGCCAGAGGAGUGGUAGUAAAGCCACCAAAGUGUCCGAGAUUGUAGCUACAAGAGACCAGGCGAUCUACAGAGCCAUCCAGGAGGGAAUCGACAGAGUCAACAGCACUGCUACCAACAGGGUUCACUGCAUUCAGAAAUGGAUUGUCCUGCCAAGAGAUUUUUCCAUUUCUGGGGGAGAACUAGGUCCCACAAUGAAGCUGAAGCGGCUCGCUGUGCUCGAGAAAUACCGAAAUGAAGUAGACUCCUUCUAUAAAGAAUAAAAAGUGUUUCCUCCAAGCGUUAAGAAAGAUCUGUGAACAAAAGGAAGUAUUUUCUCAUCAAAAGCAUUAACAAAAAUUUAUGCUUCAAGUUUGUAGUCUAUUGAACCAAACCACUAGAAAGCUGCUGUCAAUUUAGUUGUUCCUGAUACUCACCUGAUCAUUUGUCCUCCUUUUACAGAAGCAUCUACAGUAUGUCCAUUCUUGAAUACUGCUUUUACUUUAUUACCCUAAUGACUAAAACAUCUUUCUGUGUUGUAUAAAAGCAGAUAUAAUUCCUCUAGAUUGAAACAUAACAAGUUUUUUAUACAGUCUUCUAUUUUUCUUUUGUUUUCUUUUGUUCCACAGGAUGUUUCCUGUAGCUCAUGAUUUAUUUUCCUAGAUAGCAGUACUGCUUAAUGAAACUGUCAUACCACUCCAGUGAUAAUUAUUAAAAAAAAAAAAUUAAAAAUCAAAAGGGGUGGGAUUUUUUUCCCUCCCCAAAGAACACUUUCUUGUUCACUAACCUGGGGACACUCCUGUUUCUGUAAGGCCUAGAAUUCAGACUUCUGUGAACACAGCAGUUCGCUUCUUAAGUCCAUGCUGGAAUAAGCAUUACUAUUUCUCAUAAAAACAAAUAAUCAGAAGCAGGGGAAUAGCUCCCUAAGACUGAAAGGCACAAAGGAAUAACUACAGGAGCUCUCACAUUAAAAUGCUAUUACAGAAACUUCUUUAAAAUUGUUUAUAGUGCUUUUCUUUGAGGAGUGUUUGUCAGUGUGUAUCUGCAUGUUUCAGUAUUCCUAUUGCACUAAUUCUGACAAAUGUGGGCUGUGUUUCUUCUUGCCCAUAUGCACAAUAAAUCAUAUUAUGAGAAGGAAA